AUGGAUCCCUCCUCCGGAUCCGCGUCCCGCCACGGUCGCCUCCUCAUCUCGCCGUCGCUCUCCACCCCGACCUUCUCCACCCGCUCCCCGUCCCCCUCACCCUCACCGGCCGCGUCCCCCGCGCCGCACCACCACCAGGAGCGCCGCAACUCCACGUCCUCCCCGAAGCCCCUGGUCCCCUUCCCGGCCUCCUCUUCCUCCAGCAGGCCCCGCUCCUCCUUCGGCGGCGCGGGGCCCCGCGGCGCCGCGGCGGCGGCCUCGGCCUCGGGCCCGGCGUUCGCCCACAACACGCGCCUCGCGGCGGCGCUGGUGCCCGCCGCGGCCUUCCUUCUCGACCUUGGCGGGCUCCCCGUCUUCGCCGUCCUCGCCAUCAUCGCGGCGGCGUACCUCCUCGACGCGCUCCAGCUGCGCCAGGGCGCCUUCUUCACCGUCUGGGCGGCGCUGCUCGCGGCCGAUGUCGCCUUCUUCUUCUCCGCCUCACUAUCGUCUGCUGCUGCCGCCUCGCUGCCGCUCACCGUCCUUGCACUGCUUCUCUGCGCCGAGACCUCCUUCCUUAUUGGCGUCUGGGCGUCGCUGCAGUUCCGAUGGAUCCAGCUCGAGAACCCGACCAUUGUUGCUGCCCUUGAGCGGUUGCUCUUUGCCUGUGUGCCCAUCGCCGUGCCUGCCCUCUUCACGUGGGCUCUCGUAUCUGCGGUCGGCAUGGCCAAUGCAUCCUACUACUUUGCCGCGUUCUGCAUGGUGUUCUACUGGCUGUUCUCCAUACCCCGUCCGUCUAGCUUCAAUAGCCGGAAGCAGGAUGCUCCAAUGCUGGACAGUGAUGGCAUUCUUGGCCCCUUGGAGAGCUGUGUGCAUUCUCUGGAUGCACGCACAAUGGACCAGAUAAGAAUCGUGAAUGGGUUCGUUGCACUGGUCGCGGUGGUGCUUUGCCUUGAGGUGCGAGUUGUGUUCCACGCGUUUGGAAGAUACAUUCAUGCUCCACCACCACUGAAUUACCUGCUUGUAACGGUCACGAUGCUUGGUGGCGCUUUGGGCCUUGCAGCACAUGCUGCGGGCAAGGUUGGGGAUGCUGCUAGCUCAGUGGCUUUUACAGGGUUGGCAGUGAUAGUCAGUGGAGCAGGAGCUGUAGUCAUUGGAUUCCCCAUGAUGUUUCUGCCACUGCCGAUGAUUUCUGGCUAUUAUGUUGCAAGGUUCUUUACUAAGAAAAGCUUGUCAUCAUACUUUACCUUUGUGGCACUUGCAAGCUUGAUGGUCCUUUGGUUUGUGGUGCACAAUUAUUGGGAUCUGAAUAUUUGGCUUGCUGGUAUGCCAUUGAAGUCCUUCACGAAGUAUGUUGUUGCAGCUGUCAUCAUGGCAAUGGCUGUUCCUGGUUUGGCACUUCUCCCAACAAAACUUCGCUUUCUUCUGGAACUGGGUCUUAUUGGUCAUACAUUGUUGCUAUGCUACAUCGAGAACCGAUUGUUCAACUAUGCCUCCAUGUAUUACUAUGGAUUUGAAGAUGAUAUCAUCUAUCCUAAUUAUAUGGUUUUUAUUACAACCUUUUGGGCUUGGCUCUUAUCAGUUAUAUGGGUCUCAGCUGUUCUGCUACUUGCUGUUACCCCCCUUUACUUCUUUUACAGAGACAAGUCCAAAGGAGCUUCUAAGAUGAAAGUCUGGCAAGCUUAUUUCCAUGCAUCUGUCAUAGCGUUUUCUGCCUGGCUCUGUCGGGAAACAAUUUUUGAAGCUUUACAGUGGUGGAAUGGAAGACCUCCUUCAGAUGGUUUGUUACUGGGUUCAUAUAUUCUGUUGACAGGAGUUGCAUGCAUUCCAAUAAUCGGUCUCCAUUUCCCACAUGUUCAGUCAGCAAAGAGAUUCCUGGUCCUUGUUGUGGCUACAGGCCUUCUCUUUGUUGUUAUGCAGCCUCCUAUUAAGCUAUCAUGGGUAUACCGGUCGGAUUUUAUCACAGCAGCACAUUUAUCUGAUGAUGACAUUUCAAUAUAUGGGUUUGUAGCAUCUAAGCCCACAUGGCCGUCAUGGCUGCUCAUCGCAACUGUGGUACUUACACUAGCAGCAGUUACAUCCAUCAUCCCAGUGAAGUAUGUUGUUGAGUUGAGGGCUUUGUAUGCAGUGGCAGUUGGGAUUACACUAGGCAUCUACAUAUCUGUUCAGUACUUCUUCCAGGCAAUUGUUCUGUAUCCUCUUCUUGUUGCAACAAUUGUCUCAGCGGCAGUCUUUGUCGUAUUCACGCAUCUUCCUUCUGAAUCGAGCACAAGGGUUUUGCCAUGGGUGUUCUCUUUCUUGGUAGCUUUGUUCCCAGUCACCUAUCUGCUUGAAGGACACUUAAGAUCCAAAAGUUUUGCAGAUGAGGAUGAAGCAGAGAAGUUCACCAACAUGUUGGCUAUAGAAGGGGCUAGAAUGUCACUUUUGGGUCUCUAUGCUGCUAUCUUCAUGAUUAUUGCAUUAGAAAUCAAGUUUGAGCUGGCUUUGCUAUUGCGUGAAAAGGCUGCAGACAGAGGUAUGCAUGGUCCAUCUAGUCGGAGUUCUGCCUUCCCACCAAAAGCAAGGCUGCUCCAGCAACGAAGAGCUCAUGCUGCACCAACAUUCACCAUCAAGCGGUUGGCAGCAGAGGCAGCAUGGAUGCCUGCUAUCGGCAAUGUUUCUACUGUGCUGUGUUUUGGCAUCUGCCUGGUUCUAAAUAUAACACUCACUGGUGGCUCGAACCGUGCUAUUUUCUUCCUGGCACCCAUCCUUCUGCUCUUGAACCAGGAUUCAGAUAUCUUCGCAGGAUUUGGUGAUAGGCAGCGCUAUUUCCCAGUAACAGUUUCUAUUUCUGGUUAUUUAUUAUUGACAGCAUUGUAUAGGAUAUGGGAGGAGACUUGGCCUGGCAAUGGAGGAUGGGCUCUUGACAUUGGGGGCCCAGGCUGGCUGUUUGCUGUGAAGAAUUUUGCUCUUCUUGUGCUCACUUUACCGAAUCACAUACUCUUCAACCGCUUCAUGUGGGAUUAUGUCAGACAGACAGAUGCCAAGCUACUGCUGACGCUACCUCUCAACUUGCCUUCGAUUAUAAUGACAGACAUACUUACUAUUCGGGUGUUAGGAUUGCUAGGAGCUAUGUACUCUCUUGCCCAGUACAUGAUAUCAAGGCGUAUAAGAAUUGCUGGGAUGAGAUACAUUUGA